AUGACACUGAGUUUUUCAAGGUAUGGAAUUGGAGUUGCAGGUGCAAAGUAUCUUGUUGAUGCAUUACGAACUAACAAUAAACGAGAUUCAGAAUUAGCAUUAAAACGUAUUAAAACUGAUAUACAUAAUUGUUCAGCAUUAAUUACUGAACCAAAAUUAUUAACACAACGUGUUGCUGAAAUUUAUGCUCAAUAUGUUCGUGAUGAUGCAACUGAAGAAGCAACUAUUGAUCAAGAUAUAACAAAAGAAUAUGCUCGACAACGAGAUCAUCUUGAAGGAACAGUUCGAAGUCUUAAGGCUAAAGUCGAUAAAGAUUCUGAUCGACAUAAAAUGGAAAAUAUUCGUAUCAUGCAAGAAAAUGUAACAUUAAUCAAAGAAAUUAAUGAUCUACGACGUGAAUUAAAAACAGCUCGUGUUAAAUUACAAGACUUACAAACAGCUAUGGGUAUAAGUCGUAAAACAGCAGCACGUACAACAGAAGAAAUAGUUCAAGCAUUAAAUACACAUCAAAAUAAUCAUUUAGUGAAAGAAAAACAAACUGAAUUAGAAAAUUUAAUUCAACGUCAACGAAGUGAAAUUCAACGACUUAAUGAACAAAUUGCAAAUAUUGAAUUAGGUACUGGUCGUACUGGUACAGCUGGUGGUAGUCGAUCUCGUCCAUCAUCUGGACAAUUACCACCAAUUACAUCAGCAUUAACUGCUCAUUGA